AUGGAACCCAUCCUUCAAUUUUUGCAGAACCAGACACUACCUGCUAAUCUUGCAGAAGCGCGGCGUGUUCGCUAUCGCUCCGCUCGGUACUUGAUCAUCAAUGACGCUCUAUACAAGCAUGGCUUCAGUCUCCCCUACCUUCGAUGCCUGACUCUAGGGAAGGUAAAUAUUUCAUUUGGGAGAUUCAUGAGGGCAUCUGCAGCAAUCACUCAGACGCUCGCUCACUAG